AUGGCUCGCCGCCGCGACGUCGACGUCAACGACAUCGACCUGGAGGAAGAAGAGCUUGACACCGACGACCUCGAGGCCGCUGGCUGCGCGGUUUGUGCCCUCGGCGCGCAUCGUCCUCGCCUCCCCGUCGUGCCCCAAGUCCAGCUUCCGGCUUCAGGCGCCCCCGUCCACUCGGUGACUGCUCUUGUCGCCGACGCGCACACUCUCCAGCGCGAGAACCAGGAGCUGCGCGCCCAGUACGAACUCGUCUCAGCGCACAAUGCGGGCUUGGCUACUCACGCGUCCGUGCUGCAUGACCUCAAUCUCGCGAUCUUGCAUCGUGCUCGCGAGGGUUAUCGCGCAGGCAUGAUCCGGCUCGAGCAGGCGCUCCUCUCCCAGGAGCACGCCGAGCGGGACUACGCCGUCCUGGAGGACCGAGUGGCCGACUUCCGCGCUCGUGCUGAGCGCGCCGACGCUGCCGAGGCUCUACUCUGCGCCGAGCGAGGCUCCUCGACAGAGCAGUAUCGUGAUCUUCAAGCUCAGCUCCGGGGGGCACGAGACCAGGUCACUGACUUGACUGCCCAACUCGCGCGCGCUCCUGCUACGCCGCUUCCCUCCAACGUGUCGCUAGCACGGCUGUUUGCUGCACAAGGCGGGCGCGACGACGCGCGCGCCGAGCGUUACGACCUUCGCGUCGACCUCGCAGCCGCCCAAGUCGCCCUCGCUCCUGUCCAACCGCGCGUGGCCGCCGCCGAAGCUGAACGAGAUCACAUGCGGCAGCUCGUGGCCACUGCCGAGCAGCAGCGCAACGCCGCUCUCGCCGAGCGUGACCGCGUGACCCGCGUUCUCAUGGUCGUCGAGCAAGAGCGUGACGGGGCCCUCGACAUGCGAGAUCAAGUGCGUCGCGCCUCCACGGCCCUGAGACGCGAGCGAGACGCUGCUGUCACCGAGAGGGACCGGGCACGUCAAGCCGUGGCCGCCCUUGAGCAGCGGCGAGACGCUGCCGUCGCCGAGAGUGAUCAGGCUCGUCAGGCCUUGACCGCUCUGGAGCAUCAGCGCGCCCCUGUCGACGAAGAGCUCCGCGCGGCCCGUGCGUCGCUUUCUCAGAGCCGCAUGGAGAUCGAGGCGGCCCAGAACCUGAACGUCCCGCUGCAGGACGACCUUCGGCGCGUCAACGCGCUCUUAGUGGCCCACACCGAGGAGCUCCGCCGCGGCGCGACGCGUAUCCACGAGCUGGAGGAGUCAGUGGCUACUGCUACGACUCUCCGUGUGGCCGCCGAGUCCGAGAUGGCGCGGGCUCAAGCCGGCGAACUUUGCGCCACAUCUCGCGCGGCGCAGUAUCGAGCUUGGUGGCUGUCCAUGCGGCGGUCGUCUCAGCAGCGUCGAGGAGCAGUCGGUGCCCAGACCCAUCGUCUCAGCGCUCGCGUCGCCGAGCUGGAGGAGGAGCGCGACUUGGCCAUCCGAGAGCGCGACGAACGCGCUGUGGCUUGGCGUCGGAUGCUUCGAGACGCGCGUCGGGGCCGAGAGCUGGCGCGGCGGGUGCGCGACGAGCUUGCUGAUCGUCUCGCCGGCGUCGUAACGAGUGUAGGCGGGCAGAUCGACACCAGUGACCUGGUCAGGCGACUCGAAGCUACUUUCACGGCGGAGAUCGAAGGUGCGAUCCCCCUCCCCCUGCUAUUCCUACGUCCGCAGCAGUUCCUGUGGCAUCCGCUGUUCCUGUUCCUGCUCCAACUGCGUCGAGCUCUGGUGCCCGGGCGGGCACGUCGGCUUCGACGGCGGGCUCGACGACUGGCGCUUGCCCUCCAGCAGGUCGUCAGGAGUGGCGUCCGCUACGUCGUCUGGUUCUUCGCCCCUUCGACGUAG